CAUAUAUAUAAAUAAUAUGUUUUAAAGUUGACAGUGAGCAGUCCGGCGACCAUAAUUUCAGAUGGAUUUUCACAAAGUGAUAUGUCUAAAUUCUGUCAGUUAAUCAAACAUUUAAUUCACAAACACAUGAAAAAUUAAAGAAAGGAUGCUAAAAACUAAAACAUAGUACAUGUACAUGAAGGAUAAAGAAAGUGUUGAUUUUCAUGUUGAGAUAAAUAAGUUUCAAAAUUUGAUACGGAAUGUAAAACACCACAAUCAAACGUAGAAUUAGUUACUUUAAAUAAACCAAAGUGCAGUAAAACUAAAAGUCUACCAUUUGACAUUAUGUGGUCUCAUAGGCUUUCUUACAAGUUCAUGACAAAAAGUGAAAUUAAUUUUCACAGUGCUGCCAAAGAUAAUGAUUUGGAAUCAAUCAAAAAGCUUCUAAGAGAAAAAGUAGACAUCAAUUGCAAAAAUAAUUUGGAUAGAACACCUUUACACUGGGCUGCAGCUAACGGUAACCUAGACAUCUUAGAAAAAUUGGUUGACGCUGGGGCAGACGUAGAAGCAACAGAUAAGUAUGGGAUGAGACCGGUUCUAUGGGCAGCCUGGUUUGGCCAUUUGGAAGCUAUGAAGUUUUUAAUCAACAGUGGUGCUACCCCCAGGUGUACAAAUAAGCAAGGAAUGGGAAUUCUUCAUUGUGCUGCACAGAACAGUCACGUCCAUAUCAUGAAUUUUAUAUUUGAAUCUCUGGAAGACUUUAAAGUUGACGAAAUGGAAAAGUCGGACAGAACUGCAUUAUUUUUAGCAGCAGAAGAAGGACAUAUAGAAUCUGUCAUGAGAUUGAUUGACAUGCGUUGUGAUGUUACUAUAAGAGAUAAGGAAGGUGAAACUGCAGUGCAUGUUGCAGCUAGGAAAGGUCAUCACCACGUAGUUAAAAGACUUCUAAUGAUUGGUGCUUUAGUGGAUGACAGAGAUGUUGAUGGUAGAACCGCCUUACAUGUAGCAGCAGAUAAUGGUCAUGCAGACGUUGUUGAUGUAUUAUUGGAAUUCAAUGCUGGUGCUGAUACAGAAACAAUAAAAGGAAUGACCCCAUUACAUUUUGCAGCAACAAAUGGACAUGACGAAGUAGUUAUGACCAUAAUUAAAAAUGGUGCUAAUAUUGACGCUCAGAACUUUCAAGGAAACACUGCAUUACAUUUGGCAACUUUAGGAAACUCCCGCCACAUUAUAGAAAUAUUGAUCCAAGCUAACUGUGACAUUAACAUAGCUAACAAUCGACAGCAAACUGCUAUACACGUAGCUGUAGAAAACGGUUUUCAGGAAUCUGUUGAAGUAUUGUUGGCUGGUGGUGCUAAUCUUUCCCGUCGAGAAAAGCUAGGAAAAACACCGCUACAACUGGCAUCUAGAGGAAGUUUUGUUGCAAUUGUUGAUAUGAUAAUCAAAGCUGAAAGAUACUAUGCAGUGACCAGGGAAUACAUGGAACAGGAAUUGGAUUAUGUUGACCCACAUCAGUACCUUCGGACUCCAAAACAUCCAUCAUCAACGCAAAUGAAAGACAUUUUAUGGAAACUUGCUACCAAACAAUUAAAACCAGGAGACUGGAAAAAAUUGGCCAUUCACUGGAAGUUUACUUCAGAUCAUAUAAGAUGUAUAGAACACCAAUACACUGGUACAACUAGUCACAGGGAGCACGGGUUUCGACUUUUAAUGAUUUGGCUUCAUGGAGUGCGGAAAGAUGAAAACGUAAUCAAACUUUUAUUUGAAGCAUUAGUUGCCAUAGACCGCCGAGGUUUAGCAGAACAAAUGCGAGGAAAAUCAGAAGCUCGUUCACCGAAAGUUUGCAUGGGAAAGAUGUGUGCCAUGUGUUGACUGUAGCCGAGGAAGAAUUUCAACAUUUAUCUUAUUCCAACUAGAAAUACUACAAAGUGAUUACGAAGUAAUUUUCAUCCGAACAUCACAAUUAUAACAUACAUACAUAAGACCUAGGUGUCAUUUAUGGUUAUGGAUGCAUAUUUAAAUUGAUCUCAGCAUAUACUUUUGAAUAUCAUUUGAGUUUUGAAAGAAAACGUGCAUAAUCUCAUCAUUAUGCAUAAACUUCUAGUCAUCUUUUUUAAUUGCUUGUCUUUUGUAUGGAAUACUUAAUAUGAUUUUAUUCAUCAUUUAUUAAAUGAACGUUUUAUGAAUGCCUAAAAUAUGCAUGCUAGUAUAUUAUAAAGAUGUAGUUUUAGAGAACU